AUGAUACUUCGAAUUAUAAUGAUGUUGGAUGCAUCAAGAGGUAUUUUGUAUUUACAUGAAAACGGCAUUUUACAUCGAGACAUUAAACCAGACAAUUUACUUGUGUUUUCAUUAAAUUUAAAUGAUAAAGUGAAUGCAAAAUUGACUGAUUUUGGGAGUGCUAGAAAUGUCAACUUGUUGAUGACUAACAUGACAUUCACCAAAGGUAUUGGUACACCAACAUACAUGGCGCCUGAGGUGUUGAACAAAGAAAAGUACACAAAAUAUGCAGAUGUCUUUUCGUUUGGUAUAACAAUGUAUGAAGUGUUCGGGUGGUGUGAAGCGUAUAUAAUUGAGAAUUUUAAGUUUCAAUGGAAAAUAGCCGAGUUUGUGAUGUCGGGAAAACGACUUGAAAGAAAAGAAAAUAUUCCAGAAACUCUGUUUAAAGUGAUUAAAAUGUGCUGGGUACAAGAAAAGGCUAAUAGAGUAUCUAUUGAUAGAAUAGUUAAUUUACUUACUUUGUAA